CCAUGGCAACAAGCGAGAGCAUCGCCAUUUUGUCAGGAGGUUUUUUUCCUCCCCCCUUUCCAGCUUCAGUCUUUUUCAAAUGUUUCUCCCUUCCCGCCGGAAUAAUGCUGUCAGUGGAUAUACAUUUGACGUUUUCGGAUAGCGAGAUUCGUCUAAUGGAUCGGGUGAAGAUGAUCAAGAGGCCGAGGUUUUAACGCGGUAAAAUAAUUAGGCGGCGCCGCCACGAAAGUCGGCUUGUCCGCGUCUGUGGUCCACCGGGCCGGUUCACUGCGCAGGUUUGGACCGCGCGCCAUUUUGUGAAAAUUGACACAAAAUUCCAAAGCUGAAUUACCGGAGGACGCGGGGUCCGUUUGGGCUUCCAAACACGCCGAAUCCACCGUUGCCAUCGCAUCGCUCGAGGAGGUCGUCGCCAAUUUGACAAAAGACUGCGUAAAAAUCGCUUUGACGUAGCAUUUAUUUAGCGGCGGGGGCUAACGAUUGUUAGCUCGAGGCUAGCACGGGACAGGUCGCUAACGUUAGCCGCGUUCAUUUUGUCCACUAGCAGUAGCCCCUAUUCGCUAGACCUUAGCCACGAACUUAGGCGUGCUACUCAACGCUAGCAUGUUGCUAGUCAUCAGCUGAUGGUAACGUCCAUCUCCCGUCUGAAAUGGAGAGUUUAUUAGAACUGGCUGGCAAAUAAUUUUCUCAUUUGUCAGUCGGAAGACAGACGCCGGUUCGGAUUUAAGGUGAUCGUUCCUCGCUAACCGUGCAAAGGGAGGGGAGAAUCUCAAACUGGAUAAGUUUCCUCAUCAUACAGGUUAUUGGACUUUAAAUGAAGAUCGUGCCAUCAGAGCUGAGUGGGCCCCAACAACCCGCUGGCUCGAUUGAGCACUAGCCAUCCUUGUCACUACCGCUGGAGGGACGAAUCGCUUCGGAUUGGGAGGCGAACCUCUCGGAAGGACGAUAUGCCUUUACAAGGGAACCGGACUAGUAAUGAAUAUAUGUUCUAAUAAUUUCCAUCUGUGACGAAAUCUGCCCCUUCGUCUUUGGUUGUCUGCUGGACUCUCCUGCCAGGAUGAUAUGACAUGUUUGCACAAGAUGCAUCCAGGAGGAGAGACUUCAGCAUGCAAACCUUCGUCUGUCCGGCUUGCGCCCUCUUUUUCUUUACACACUGCUGGUCUUCAGAUGGCUGCUCCAAUGCCCCAUACGCACCAGCAGUACAGUGAGCGCCACCAGCCAAGCACUGACCAAUCUGUUACGGUCUUACCGUACAGCGACCAGGCGACACAGCUCACUGCCAAUCAGAGGCACAUGCCCCAGUGCUUUCGUGACCCAACUUCAGCUCCCCUGAGGAAGCUCUCCAUUGACCUUAUCAAAACAUACAAACACAUCAAUGAGGUGUAUUAUGCAAAAAAGAAGCGGCGGCACCAACAGGGUCAGGGUGAAGACUCGAGUCACAAAAAAGAAAGGAAGGUCUUCAAUGAUGGCUAUGACGAUGAUAACUAUGACUACAUCGUCAAGAAUGGGGAGAAAUGGAUGGACCGAUAUGAGAUUGAUUCCUUGAUAGGAAAAGGUUCAUUUGGACAGGUUGUGAAAGCAUACGACCGAGCAGAGCAGGAAUGGGUUGCCAUUAAGAUCAUCAAGAACAAGAAAGCUUUCCUCAAUCAAGCCCAGAUUGAAGUGCGCCUCCUAGAGCUUAUGAACAAACAUGACACCGAGAUGAAAUACUACAUUGUUCACCUGAAGCGUCACUUCAUGUUUCGGAACCACCUCUGCCUCGUGUUUGAGAUGCUUUCAUAUAACCUGUACGACCUGCUCCGGAAUACCAACUUCCGCGGCGUCUCGCUCAACCUCACCCGGAAGUUUGCCCAGCAGUUAUGCACGGCGCUGCUGUUCCUGGCCACGCCCGAGCUCAGCAUCAUCCACUGUGACCUGAAGCCCGAGAACAUCCUCCUCUGCAACCCCAAGAGGAGUGCCAUCAAAAUAGUGGACUUUGGCAGCUCGUGCCAGCUUGGACAAAGGAUAUACCAGUAUAUCCAGAGUCGCUUCUACCGCUCCCCAGAAGUGCUUCUGGGAAUGCCCUAUGACCUGGCCAUCGACAUGUGGUCUUUGGGUUGCAUUUUGGUGGAGAUGCAUACAGGAGAGCCACUCUUUAGUGGAGCCAAUGAGGUGGACCAGAUGAACAAAAUAGUGGAGGUUCUCGGAAUCCCACCUAAUCACAUAAUGGACCUAGCCCCAAAAGCCAGAAAGUUCUUUGAGAAGCUUUCGGAUGGUACAUGGAGUGUGAAAAAGACCAAAGAUGGCAAAAGGUAUAAACCUCCAGCUUCACGGAAGCUCCACUCCAUCCUGGGCGUGGAGACCGGGGGUCCGGGCGGCCGGCGGGCAGGCGAGUCUGGCCACGCCGUUGCAGACUACUUGAAGUUCAAGGACCUGAUCCUGCGGAUGCUGGAUUACGACCCCAAGAGCCGCAUCCAGCCCUACUACGCCCUGCAGCACAGCUUCUUCAAGAAGACGGCGGACGAGGGGACCAAUACGAGCAGCAGCGUGUCGACAAGCCCCGCCUUGGAGCAGUCCCAGUCUUCAGGAACCACCUCCAGCACCUCCUCUAGUUCUGGAGGCUCCUCUGGAACAAGCACCAGUGGGAGAGCGAGAUCAGACCCGACCCAUCACCACUUACACAGUGGGGGACAUUUUGGAACUGCCAUGCCAGCCAUUGAUGGAGACAACCUCUGCCCACAGGCUCGACAGCCUUACCCACCUCCACUAGUGUGGGGAGGUGGCGUCGUACCGGAAUCAGUCACCGGCGAGACCCACCCAGUCCAGGAGACCACCUUCCAUGUUCCCCCACAGCACCCGAAGGCUCUGCAUCCCCACUCACACGCUCAUCACCACCACGGGCCCAUGAUGGCCACGCGGCCGCGCCCGCGCCACUACACCUCCCCGACGCACAGCUCGUCGACCCAGGACUCCAUGGAGGUGGUCCACGGCCAUCUGUCUAUGACCUCCCUGUCUUCCUCUGCCUCCUCUUCAUCGACAUCUUCCUCUUCCACCGGGAAUCAUGGCAACCAGGCCUACCAGCUCCGCCAUUUGCCCGCCGGAGCCCUCGACUUUGGUCAGAACGGCGGGCUGAGCAUGGGGCUAGGUGCCUUCUCGAACCCACGGCAGGAGACCGGCAUGGCUGCGCACCCUGCUUUCUCCAUGGGCACGAACACUGGGCCUGGCCACUACCUGGCAGAGGGCCACCUGAGCAUGAGGCAGGGCAUGGACCGGGAGGAGUCUCCAAUGACUGGAGUGUGUGUGCAGCAGAGUUCCAUGGCAAGCUCGUGACUGCGCUGACGUUUUUGGCUGUGUGUUCCCCCCUGUGCGUCAUUUUUAAGGUGGUGUUUUUUACUACAAGGUGUGUUGAGAAUCAAAGCUGCUCACGUCAGAAGGGAGAUAUCACUGAACCGCUACUACAGAGGGGGGAAAAACCUUUCUGAAGAAGAAGUAUAUAUGUAAUUGUCAUCCGUUUAUUCUUUUGCGACCAUUAGCCACAAAGUUAUACUGCGGAAUAACCAUAGUGAGAUUGAGACAUCCAUUUUACCAUUUCACCAACGUACGAUAUUAUGUGGCAAAGAGGAGCAUUUCAGAGCAAAGUUAAGGCCGUGAAAUGCUCGCCUGACAUUACUGUUCCACUCGUUCGUCAUUAAUUUGACCCCCCCACCCCCCAAGCAAAAUGUCACACGAAGAAGCUGCUUGUAAAUCCCUUAGCUUCACGAGAAGGGCGAGUGUUUUUUUGCGGUGAUAUUUCUUGUUGGUGGCUCAGUUGGUGUUGUGUAACUCGACAUGACAGCGGAGUUCCCUAUAAGCGUGUGCUGGCCGGGUGCAGGCGGAUUCAGACGCAGAGCUGGUCGGAGGAGAGGGGAGGCAUCCAUCCCUCACGCCAAGAUGCCUCAAAAAAAUGGCGGCGCGAGCUGCAGCAACACGAGCGCAGCGGAAGGAAUACAGUCGGUGGCUGAUUUGAAAUAACCCUUUGGCCUUAUGACUCAUGGACUACGACUGGGGAUGGAGCUGGACAUUAUCAUUUUGAAUUAAGAUGGCUUUUCUCUAUUUUUCUCUCUCGACAGCCCUUAAUUCUUGAAAACAUUUUCGAAGAAAAAAAGCUAAUUAAGAAUGGUAAUUUGAGGCCUUUCUCGACAAAGAUUUCUUCUUCAGCAGGGCCCCACAUAACAGGGUCUUAUUGUACACAACAACCUCCUAAACAUGACUUCCUUAAAAAAAAAAAAAUUUAUCUUAGUCACCGGUUAAGGCUUUUUGCAGUGGAAAGAACUUAUCCCAGAGUCGACCCCUUUUUUGUUGUUGUUUUUUGUUUUGUUUUGUUUGCUCAUGUUUUUGCAUGUUGUUCCUCAUCAGAACCACCUGCACAGGUCUCGCCCCGCCACCCCCCCCCC